AUGAAUGCAGAACCCACUGUUUUAGCUCCGGCUACGAGGUCGUAUACUUUGGGAACAUACAUAGCAAGAUCAAUACUAAUAAAAGUGAUAGCAAAUACCGCCAGAUCGAUUUUUCGAAGCUUAAAUCCAACUUCCACACGUAAAGAAUCAUGGAAUAAUCGCUUAAAUUCAAUGGAAUGGGCUUGUUAUAGUGUAUUGACAAUUGUUGCAAACUUUUGGAAUUACAAAUUAAUAGAUGAGAUUGAUAAUUUAAUUAAUUUUACUUUGAUAGGUAUCAACUAUGCUUUUAAUUGCAUAUUCAUUGGAUUUGAUGUGUUUAAUUUUCAUUCUGCUGGUAAAUUCUUUGCUAAGAAAGUUUCGUUAGCUGCUAUUAAUGCUGAUGGUAUUCCCAACACCCAUUUGGUUGAUCACGAAAAAUUAUCUGCCAUUAGUGAAACCUAUUUAUCUGAAGAUUCAUUUUGGUUCAAAUUCAAAAACUUUUGUGUUGAGCUGGUCGAAUUGGUGGGUACAUCUGUUGAUGAGAAAUAUUAUUUGGUUUCCGAAGAAACUCCACUUUUGAAUGUUCCUAAAGCCCUUCAUAAUCAUCAUCUUUAG